AUGAUUAUAUUGGGUACAAAUCUCAACAUUAAUAAUUUCAGGCUCAUUGUGGGACGUGCAAAGGCAGAAGCUCAGACAAUAUCCUUCAAUCUGGAACUUGAUGAUGCUUUGUAUCGGAAAGCCAUUGCUGAAGAAAAAGUAGCCAGCAUUGAUGCUACUCUAAGAGUUUGUAUUCAGCAGUUACAUUCUCCCAAGGAUGAACAACAUCACAUCAUUAAUGACGCUUCGCAAUUAUGGAAAGGGAGAGAGUUUAACCUGAGAUCAGCUGAAUCUGCUCGGAAGAAGCGCCAGGAAGAUGCAAGGAAGAUCAAUAGGCUGGAAUCUAAAUUUCGUAGAUUACGUAUCAUGAUCCAGAAGCGACUUCCAGGUCCUGCUGUUAUUGCUAGGAUGAGAAGUGAGGUUGAAUUGCCUGGUAAUUUCGCUCCUGAAACCAGAAGAAAAUCAAAUCAUACAAUUGACUCCCCUCAUGAUAUUGCACAAGAGAUUGGGCAUGAUGCAGUAAGCAAAGAAGUAGUUGGACUUCAUGGAAUUGGGGAUGAAAACAAAAUUCUCAAAGAAACUCUAAAAAUGAAAAGCAGAAGUGCAAAUUCAACAUCUCCCAUUUCAAUGUCUCUUAUCCCCACCACGCUUAGAGCUGCUCCAUCAGCCAGAUGCACCUUCUUAUUCGCUGAUGACUUUUCAUACAUACCUGAUAAAGCCGCCAUGAGAUUCACAGUCGUCUUCUCCUUGAUGACGUUGUGGCAACGGAUCUCGACAAAGAUUACUCGAAUCCUUGAGUAUAGAGCUAGUCCCGGUGGAAAAUUGCCUAAUUCUCAAGAAAUGCUGGAUAAUGAUCGGCAAAACCUAAUUUCAUGGAAUGGUCGACAAGUUGAUCCGCAGCAUAAAUCUGCAUCAUCUACUAGACAGAAAACUUGCAUCUUUCUUUGGGAAAGCUCUGAACUCACUGUGGUUCUCAACUUUUCAUUGACCUGUGCAAUGAUAUGUUAUGCAGGCAGGCUGAAGUUGAGAAACUUAGGAUGGAUAAUUGACCAUUAUUUUUCUUUUCAAGAUGUAACAGCAAUGGAGGAAUCGAUAAAGAAAAUCCUCGGUGGUGAUAUUUUAUUUUGUGACGAUGAUGUUGAAGUUGAAGUUAAUAGCCCCAAGAGAGCAAAUUAUAUAAUAGAGUAUGGAAAGAAUAAUCUUGAAGAAAUUGUGAAGUCAGUAAAUGCUAGGAAUCAAUUCUUAUUUACUGGAUUUCAGGAGUAUGAAAAUUCUAUUUCUAGGUUACGAGCAGAGCUGAAAAUAAUGAAGGAUUCUGGAGGAGUGGUAGAGGAUCAAAAGCUUACAACUAAAGAUGUUGGAACUCAGCUUACAGCUGCUAUGUACUGGGAGAUUUCUGCUGCUACAGAAAAAUUAGCAGAGUGCCAGGAUACCAUCCUUCAACUUGGGAAGCAGUUAAAGUUCUUGUCUUCACCAAGGAACAAUGCUCUAUUUGACAACGUGAUCUCAUAAUCUGCUAUCUCAACAAAUAGCCCAAGUCCACAAUGGCUUGAGCAACUGAUACCCAUUGAAAGUGCCAAAUCUGAAGCUCUGAAAUCACCCCAUAACAAAGAAAUCAUAUGCAGUAGACCUCAAAAAACUGAUGCAAGCAUUCUGAAUGGGCAGAAAGGCUCUGUGCUUUUUGUUUCAGAAAUUCAGGAGAGCGGCAUCUGUUAUGCUUUACGUGCAAAAUCACCUGAUAGAUCCCAUGGAGAACUGGGUGGUGCUUUUAUGCAGUGUGGAACUGAAGUAGGAGCUCUUGUGAGUAUUCCAAAGGAACAUAAAGGGGGAGUUUCUCUUCUGAGAAAAUUACUUCCAAAGAAAAGGAAGACGGGAAUAAGAAGAUGAUCGUAGCCAAUGUUUCUUCCAACACUUUAAGCUGCUGAGAACAUGAAAGAUGUCAGCUGAAAUGUUGCGACGGUUUUUAUCUUGUCUGUCAGUAAUUAUUGAGCUAGACAGAGGAAGGAGAUAAGCUGCAAAGUCCAAGUUUUUUCCACUGUCUACUAAUUACCGAUUUAACAGAAGGAGAUAAACAUAACCUUAUAUUCUUACUACUGAACAUUCCUGUAAGAAAAUCGAUAGUGGUAAUAGGAGAAGUGUGUACAAUUCAAUCUUCUUUGUUGAAGAAUAUGAAUAAGAUCAGUUUGGGCUUGUUUGGUAUAAUUUAGUUUUCCCACUUGGCA